GAGCCCAGAUCAGGGCGCAGCUGUGUUUUCAUGCCUGCGCCAGUCCCUCUGCCAUGGCGCCCGUAAUGAAGGAGCGGACGUUAUAGCAUCGUGUAAACAUUUGGCGCGACUGGAAAUAAGUCGGUGCGUUCAACUACCACGGUUUCAGUCGAACAGCAUAUUUUUCCGAAGCGGCCAUGACCGUGGAGCAGAAUGUCCUCCAGCAGCAUUCUCAGAAGCACCAGCAGACUCUACUAAACCAGUUAAGGGAGGUGACGGGCACCCAGGAUGUUCAGCUGCUUCAGCAAGCUCUUCAGGUGAGCAAUGGAGACCUGGCCGAGGCCGUGGCCUUUUUGACGGAGAAGAACGCUAAAGUACCACAACAGGAUGAGACCACCUACUAUCAGACUUCUCAAGUGGCCAGUGACCGAUACAUCAGCGUGGGCAGUCAGGCUGACACAAAUGUGAUUGACCUGACAGGAGAUGAUAAAGAUGACCUGCAGAGGGCCAUCGCUCUCAGCCUGGAGGAGUCCAACCGGGCAUUCAGAGAGACUGGCAUUACUGAUGAGGAGCAGGCUAUCAGCAGAGUUUUGGAGGCCAGCAUAGCGGAGAACAAGGCAUGUCUGAAGCGCACUCACACAGAAGUCUGGAGUGAUUCACCAAAUCCACAUGACAGGAAGAGGAGAGAAAGCUGCCCUGUUGGCUUGAAGAAUGUUGGCAACACAUGCUGGUUCAGUGCUGUCAUCCAGUCUCUGUUCAACUUGCUGGAGUUCCAGAGGCUGGUGCUGCACUACUCACCCCCAGCCAGGGUUCACGACCUGCCUCGCAAUCAGAAAGAGCACAGAAACCUGCCCUUCAUGCAGGAGCUGAGGAACCUCUUUUCCCUCAUGGUUGGUUCCAAGAGGAAAUAUGUGGACCCUUCUAGGGCUGUGGAAAUCCUCAAAGAUGCCUUCAAGUCUACUGAGUCACAGCAACAGGACGUGAGCGAGUUCACGCACAAGCUGCUGGACUGGCUGGAGGACGCCUUCCAAAUAAAGGCUGAAGAAGACAGGGAGGGAGAGAAGCCCAAAAACCCCAUGGUGGAACUUUUCUACGGCCGCUUCCUGGCUGUGGGCGUCCUGGAAGGAAAGAAAUUUGAGAACACAGAGAUGUUUGGGCAGUACCCACUGCAGGUGAACGGCUUCAAGGAUCUCCACGAGUGUCUGGAGGCAGCGAUGAUCGAGGGCGAGAUAGAGUCUCUGCACUCAGCCGAAAACUCUGCCAGGUCCGGUCAAGAGCACUGGUUCACAGAACUCCCUCCUGUGCUGACCUUUGAACUCUCCAGAUUUGAGUUCAAUCAGGCUCUUGGGCGACCAGAGAAGAUCCACAACAAGCUAGAGUUCCCUUCCAUGCUGUACAUGGACAGGUAUAUGGAUAGGAACCGGGAUAUAACCAGAAUCAAAAGGGAGGAGAUCAGAAGGCUCAAAGAGCAUUUGACGCUGCUUCAACAGCGACUGGAACGGUAUCUGAGUUACGGUUCAGGCCCCAAGAGGUUUCCUCUGGCAGAUGUCCUUCAGUACGCUAUGGAGUUUGCUUCGAGUAAGCCAGUGUGCACUUCACCUGUGGACGACUUUGACUCAUCAGCGCCCCCAGGUGGCACAACGGGGCCCCAGCUCCCACCAAGCACAGUGGAGCAGGACUCGUUGCCCCUCUUAGAAGGCCCGGUCUCUGCCUCAGGUACCACAACAGCUCCCAGUGCGCCACAGCAACAGAGAGUCCCCAUUCAUAAACCCUUCACCCAAUCCCGGCUCCCCCCCGACCUCCCCAUGCACCCCGCGCCACGACACAUCACGGAAGAGGAGCUGAGAGUCCUCGAGGGCUGUUUACACCGCUGGAGGAGUGAGGUCGAGAACGACACGCGCGAUCUGCAGGGCAGCAUAACAAGAAUCCACAGAACCAUAGAGAUGAUGUACUCUGACAAAUCAAUGAUGCAGGUUCCUUAUCGGCUCCAUGCAGUGCUGGUCCACGAGGGUCAGGCCAAUGCCGGACACUACUGGGCUUACAUCUACGAUCCACACCAGAGGUGUUGGAUGAAGUACAACGAUAUCUCAGUCACCAAAUCCUCCUGGGAGGAGCUGGUGCGAGACUCGUUCGGGGGGUACAGAAAUGCCAGCGCAUACUGUCUCAUGUACAUCAAUGACAAGAAGCCUUUUCUCACAGAAGAAGAGUUUGAUAAAGAGACGGGCCAAGUCCUCAGUGGUAUGGACAAACUCCCACCUGACCUGAAGCAGUUUGUGAAGGAGGACAAUGAGCUCUUUGACAAGGAGAUCGAGGAGUGGGACUCACUUCAGGCCCGCAAGGCUCAGCAGGAGAAGCUAGCUCUGUGCACAGCAGCUGCUGCAGCUUCCAACACCUCCACCUCCUCCUCAUCUCCUCAACCCAUGAGUAUCGAAUCCAGCCCUCCAGACAACGCAGCACACCAACAAGACCCAGAGUACAUGGAGCAGCCGUCCCCCACUAAUGAGUCCAAGCACCUACAAGAGGACACUGUGAGAGCCAUCUCAAAAGCUGCAGCAGAACUGGAGGAGAGAAGUCCAGAAGCAUUGUUAAACACAUCUCCUCACCCUCCCACCUCCCCUCAGCCUGAGGUCCAGGUGAGCACCUCCUCUGCUCCCUCUCCUGACCAGGUCAAGGAGGAUGACUCUCCUGGCCAGCGCACAAUAGAAGUGGCCAUCCCUAAUGUGGGGACCUUUGUCAUAGAGUCAGAGGAGGGGGGCUAUGACGACGAGACGAUGAUGACCCCCAACAUGCAGGGUGUAAUCAUGGCUAUUGGCAAGUCCAGCAGCAUCUAUGACACAAACGGGCCCGAGGCAGCCUUUUUUAAGGCAAUAAAGUUGGAAUACACUCGUCUCUUGAGAUUUGCACAAGAGGACACCGCUCCCGAAAACGACUACAGACUCCAGCACAUCAUUGUUUACCUCAUCCAAAACCAAGCGCCCAAAAAGAUCCUGGAGAGGACGCUGCUCACGCAAUUUGCAGACAGGAAUUUGGCUUUUGAUGAGAGAUGUAAGAGCAUUAUGAAUGUGGCACGUGCCAAACUGGACCUCAUUAAGCCCGAGGAAGUCAACAUGGACGAAUAUGAGAUCUGGCACCAGGACUACAGGAACUUCCGAGAGACGACCGUCUUGAUGGUGACCGGCUUGGAGCUUUUCCAGAAAACCAACUACGUGGAGGCGCUGAUGUACCUGAUCUACUCGUACCAGUAUAACAAGGAGCUUCUGGCGAAAGGCCUCUACCGGGGUCACAGCGAAGAUCUGCUGGGUCACUACAGGCGGGAGUGUUUGCUGAAACUGAACGAGCAGGCGGCGACCAUGUUUGAGUGUGGCGAGGAACCGGAGGUGACCACCGGUCUGGGCAUCAUGAACGAGCUGGUGGUCCCGUGCAUCCCAUUACUGCUGGUCCACGACGUGGAGAGAGAUCUGCUGGCGGUGGAGGACAUGAGGAACCGGUGGUGCUCCUACCUGGGGCAGGAGAUGGCAUCGAACCUGCAGGAGAAACUGACGGACUUCCUGCCCAAGCUACUGGACUGUUCGACAGAGAUCAAAAGCUUCCACGACCCCCCCAAAUUGCCCACCUACUCCACUCUGGAGCUGUGUGAGCGCUUCAGCCACGUCAUGGCGGCAAUGGGCCGCGUCCUCAUCCAGGGCAGAUGAGCUGACGGCCGUCAAACAUGGACCUCUCCGAACCCACCUUCCUCCCCGUCCAGGGCUAACUCGCUUUCUAGCUGUUAUUACUCCGAUGCUGCUAUAGUUUUUAUCAUUAUCAAUAUUGUUUUACACACAGCAAGAGGCCGAGGCUCUUUGUGGAGGAGAAAAGAGGCGUCGUCCAUGAUCAAUGGAGACAAUGUUGCAGCAGUUCCAGGCACAUUCUGCUUUAUAUUUGCGAAACCAGUUUGAGGGAUUUCAUAGUUUAUUGUUGUUGUUGCUUUUCGAUUGAAGCUCCCCUCCCUCGCCCAGUCAAGCUGUUUUGAAAACACCCCUCUCUCUCUCUCUACGUGAAGUGGAGCCCCCUGCUGCUCUGCCUCCAGUUUGGUACAGUAUUACCACCUUUGUUUUAUUUUUCUAAGCAAGUAAAGAAGAGAGCCUUCAGAAUUAUCCGCCGCUCCUCUAAUGGCUGUCACGUCUUUGUGGACGGCGCCAGAGCGAGAUGUUUAAAGUGCUGUGGUAGACAGCCAGGGACUUUUCUGUGGCUUGUUAAUAAAUUGAGAGAAUAAAAGUUUUAUUUAUGGCCCUUUUAGGCCAAAUA